UCAAUUCUGAAAUUGGGCCGGCGAAACCAUUGGGCGUAGCGCUGCGUCGAGCGGGAGCAUAGUGGGAGGAUAUUCAUUGAAGAAAUUAGUUAUGAGUAACGAGGCAUUUUUCGGCCUGCUAAGUGGCCUAGCCCAGCGAUUGUUCUACGGCAAUCCUGAUGUGACAGACGACUUGUUAAAAAACGAACUGUAUCCUUCACUCUCAGAUGAACACUUUUCCAAGUUGGUUGCCAAAGCAACGACAGUGCUGAAGACACUUGCUGCUUCAAACAUGGACUGGACACAGCUGGAAGCGUUCCUGACAUCGCAGACCAAGCGACAGGAAGGUGGUCUUACUGGGGAGCAAGCGGAGUGCACUUCUCGGUUCUGGAGAAACCACCGCGCGCGCGUCCGGGCCAGUGUUGUGGCCCAGAGUCGGUGGAAUCCGGGGCUAGCAUCUUGUUCGUGGAGGGUGGAUCUUGAAGGUCCCACGGCACAAGUAUCUUUGGGAGAGCUGCAGUUCCAGAUGGGCAAGCCAGAACUCGAGUCCCUGCUCGGGAGCAUCGCGGCUGUUCAAGUUGCCUUGGACAAACAUUGUCCUAGAGCAAAGUGACUGAUUCUCGGAUUCGGAAGAAUCAUGUAUAGUGUCUCGUCGCAGCCUUCAACAAAUAUGCACUAUAAACCAUUAAUAUUUAUUUCUUUUUUUAGAAGG